ACGCAAGGAAGUAAGUUACAUAAUACAUACAUACACAGUGUUGAAUUGUCAUAUUAGUAUGUUGUUAUGUUCUAUACUUCUAUUAUCUUUAUUCAGUCACAGAACACCUAACAAACUCAAUUUAUAGUUGUUUUAUGGAAAUACCAAAAAAGUAUGGAUAGUUUUGAUAAAUCUGCGGGAAAUAUUUGGAUUUAUCCGACCAACUAUCCUGUACGUGAUUAUCAACUUUCUAUAACUAAGACUGCAUUGUUUAAAAACACACUUGUUGUUUUACCAACUGGUCUUGGCAAAACUUUCAUUGCUUCUGUUGUUAUGUACAACUUUUACCGAUGGUUUCCACAAGGCAAGAUUAUUUUUAUUGCACCGACAAAGCCACUGGUAGCUCAACAAAGCAAAGCUUGUUAUGACAUUAUGGGAAUCCCUGCAGAUGAUCAAGCUGAAAUGACAGGGUCUUCUAUGCAAGUAAAAAAACGACAAGAUUUGUGGACAAACAAGCGUGUAUUCUUUCUUACACCUCAACUAUUCAAUAAUGACCUCGCCAGUGGGACAUGUCCUGCUUGUGAUAUUAAAUGUGUUGUGUUUGAUGAAGCACAUAAAGCUCAAGGGAAUUAUGCAUAUUGUCAGGUUAUUCAAAAAAUUUUAGUUCAUUCCAAAAACUUCAGAGUUCUUGCCUUGAGUGCCACACCAGGUUCAAAUAUGUUUGCAGUUCAACAGGUCAUUACAAAUCUUUUAAUAUCUACAACCGAGAUUCGUUCUGAAGACGCAAUAGAUGUACGCCAAUACACGCACACACGAACUGUGGAAAAAGUUGUUGUGAAACUUUGUGAUAGGAUCAUGAUGUUCAAAGAAAAAUAUUUAGCUGUGAUACAAGUUUUAAUCAAUCGCCUUGUUUCAAAUGACAUUCUUUACCAUAAAGAUGCAAAAAACAUUACAAAAUAUGCGCUGCUAAUGGCAAGAGAUCAAUUUCGGAAAGUUUCUGGUUUGCAUAAAGCGUCUAUGUGUAUUAUCGAGGGGGAUUUUGCGACUGCUAUCUCUCUUUACCAUGGUCUUGAACUACUUCUUCAACAUGGAAUGAAAUCUUUUUUUAUAUUUUUGAAAGGAAUAAUGGAUGGUGCAAAAGCCAACUUGAGAACUAGAAAUGUUUUGUCCGCUAAUGACCAAUUUCAGGAAAUCUAUCAGGAGUUGACCGACUUGUUUUCAUCACACAACACAAACACUUAUGUGCAAACGCACAAAGAAGCAUAUUCUGACUUAUCUAUAUGCUACAGUCAUCCGAAAUUAAGGAAAUUAGAAGAAAUAGUUUUAACAUACUUUCACAAUAUACAGCAAUGUGCAGAUACUUCAAACAAAUCAACUGAAACCAAAGUUAUUGUGUUCUGUCAAUAUCGUGACAGUGUACAAGAAGUAACAGAUCUUCUUCAACAACAUGAACCGCUUAUUCGUCCGAUUAAAUUUGUUGGUCAUGCCCCAACAGCAAAAAACGAAAGUCCUUGUAGAGAGGGAAACAAAAGUAAAAGAUUUACUCAAAAAGAUCAACUAGAGGCUGUUGCUCGAUUUUGUUCGGGUGUUUACAACACGUUGAUCGCAACAUGUGUUGGAGAGGAAGGGUUGGACAUCGGGGCAGUUGAUCUCAUUGUGUGUUUCGACUCCCACAGAAGUCCGAUCCGCCUCGUGCAGAGGAUGGGAAGAACUGGGAGGAAAAGAAACGGAAAGAUUGUGAUGUUAAUCACUGAAGGGAAGGAAGAAAGAGAUUACAACUCAAGCGUAGCAAGUCGAAAAUCGAUUGGCAAAGCAAUGCACGCUGGUAGUAAAUCAUUGCAAUAUUACCCACAUAAUCCACCUAUGAUACCACAUGGUAUUAAACCUGUUUGUCACAAAAUGUUUAUAACUGUUAAAAAGUUGCCUUCCAAUACAAAAAAGAGAAAAAUAUCGACCGAUUCUCUUAAUUCCUACUUCAAAAGUACAUCAAAAGAAUCAACCAAGUCCUUGUUUCUGUCUGCUGAUGAGAUAAUGGAGUGGAAAAGAGAUUUUUAUAUUGAGAGAGAUGAAUUAUCACAUAUUCCGAAAGUAUCUUCCAACUCAGCAUGCAUUUAUUUAAAUAAAGAGUUUAAGAAACAAGAAAUUGCUCCAAAAGUUAUGGUGGAUUGGUUACCAUGGCAAUGUAGACUCCAAACAACUAAGCUUGUGGAACAUUCUGGAAGGACCAAACUUUUGCAUGAGAUGUUAACAAGAAAUGAUUCAGUCAUUACAAUGGAAACAAAUGAUAGAGAAAAACCAACAAAACAAUCUGAACCAAUUAUUAUUUCACCAACACUAGAUAUUUUACCAUCAAAAGACAAUGUUCGGUCUCCACACAAACAGAACAAAAACUUUGGCGACAUAAGAGAAAUAUUUUCAAAAGUAUCAAAAAUAAACUCAAUCAAGAAAAUCGCAGAUAUAGCAAAACUUUUUACAAAUCACAUUGAUUUUCCUGAUCGGUUUAUAAAGAGCUCAAAUUAUCUCCAAAAUGCUGUCACUGACUCAAAACCACAAAUUAUCUGUGAAAAAACUGUUCGUUUAAACCAUAAAGAUUUUGAUAAUGGUGACAAGUUUGAAAAAUUUGGUUUGGGUUUGUCUAAAAAUAUCCCACAAGUCUCUCCAGUGUUAGUUAUGGAGGAAAGUAAUUCUGUAAAAACUGAGAAAAUUAUUUUGGAGGAAAAACAUCAAGAGUUAAGUACUUCUCCAGUUACAACGCAUAUGAACUGCCCACAAACUGUUAAUACUACUUCUGCCAUCACCACUUCAAGCUCAUGUAGUUUUAAUUUGUUUUUAAGUGGUACUAGUGGUGGAAAAGAUUGCUUAGAUACCAAUAUUUCAAAUGUUAAUGGUAAGAGUUUGCUGCCAUUGGUGAAGAAUCAUGCGCACUGUGACAGCAAUACAACACUGGAUAGUCCUGAUAUAGAAACUCCUGAUUUUGGUUUUCCUGAUAUAUUUGCUCUUGAUCUGGACCCCCCUAAUGAAUUAAUUGAGGACAACCCUGCAGAAAAGAAACCAGCAGUAAACAAAUCUCUGAAACGAAAAUCUGACUGCAUGGUGGAUUCCUCAUGUAUCAUUCCAGAAACACAAGAGGAGAAUAUUCCACCCAACAAGCUGGACCCUCCCUGUAAGAAACUUAAAGAAUCACUAAAACAUAUAAAACAGAUGUCCUUCCAUGAACUUGAACAAACGUUUGAUGUGUCUGCUGAUCUAUUUGACCCAGAAUUUCAAGUUGAUUUUAAUUUGACCACAUUAGUUGACUGUACUUCUUUUACGUCAAGCCCGGUGGUCAGUAGUGCGAUACCAAAACACUCGGUGUGCAACACAUCUACAGAGAGAAAAGCUGCGGGAAAUAUUACGACCGAUAAAAAAGUUUUAAAUGGGGAAAAUUAUACAAGAGCUUGUCAGAAUUGGGAAACAACUACGGAUAUUUGUGAUAAAAUGAAAAACAAAGUUGCAGAAGAAACAUUUGAAGAUGAUGAGUCAUUUUUAUCUGCGUUGGUUAAAAGAAAACAACGGAAAGCAAAAUGUCUUGAAUCUGAUGAAUCCUUGAAUGAAACUGGGAAAGCAAUCUAUAUAACCUCAACUGACAAUAUAUCAGAUACAGAUUCAGAAAGUUUUUUUCAUGUUAAAAAGGAGCAAACAAAAUUUGAUCAUCCCAGGUCAGUGUUACCAAUGAAUCAAAGCUUGUUUGAAAAUAAAAUUCAAUGCAACAAACAAUCAACUCCAAAACUGCUAAAGUUUCACGGAAAAGUUAAACCAACUGUGAUGCAAACUAAAGAUCAUGCAAAGAUGUUUAUCGACAAUGAAGCGGAAGUAAGUGGUGAUUGUGACAUCACAGAAGAUGAUCUAUCACUCACAGAUGAAGAAAUGUUGGCUUUUGUAAAUGACGCAACGCAACUGACUCAACACAUCGAUCCAACCACUGAGAAAUCACCCGAUGAGAAGGCAAUGUAUCUUAAAUCUCUACAUUCAAGUGAGUGGCUGAAAUGCAAGCAAAAUGUUGAACCACGCUACAGACGAAAUAUUGAGGUUUUUUCCCAGGAGGUGGAAACAGAUUAUUCUAAUUAUUUGGAAGAUAGUUUUAUCGUGGAGCACGAAGAUUCAAACCCUCCUGUUGACCACGGUGAAAUAACUCUCUUAUCUCAAUUACCAGAUUACUCUGCUGCGAAAGCAAAGACACGAAAUCAGGUUAAGAUGCUGAAUGUGAAAAAGAAAAAAAAGAGAAAGCUCAUCGUUGAUUUUGAUUCUUGAGUCAAUCCUACACCUGUUCGGAUAAUAAGUUUUAGUUCACACAGUUGGCAUAAGAGUACUUAAGUCGUUUUUGCUCUUUUUUCUGUAUAAGUGUGCCUAAGGCUGAAAACCAAAUUGUUCUUUUUUGUCUUGUGAACUUUCUACUUAUCUUUUGUGUUUGUGGUUUCAGUUUAUUCUUUUUAUCACUUACCGAACAUUAAUCUGCUGUAUGUCUUGCCGGUACAAGAACUCAUAAUGGGUUGCAUAUAACCUAUGCUACAGGUUGGGCAUAUAUGGGCAGCCCUGGCUUAUGCAAACAAAGUGAAAUUUAAACGGUGGGGUUGAGUGGUUAGUCGUAUCUGAUUUCUAUCUCACUCUCUAAACUCUUGUUUUCGUCUUAACAAUUUUCAGAUGUGGCACGUACUCAAAUAUUGUGUGUAAUGUGUAUGUGGCAACGUCUGAAAUGGCAAAGUUGUGUUUUUUAAUAAUAGUUUGUAUUUAUUGAUUUUGAACUCUAUAUUUAUUAUUGGAAGAAAUGACUAUGUGUACUACCUCAAAAGUGUUACACAGUACCUUUUUUUACUUCGUUUUUUUCACAUCAUUAUUUGCAAUAUAGAUUAUAUUCCAAUAAAUCUUCAUUACAAAAUGUUUUUGCUGACAAAAAACAAAACUUAUGAAAAGACAAAAAUAAAACAAUGAGAACUAAGUAGGUUAUCGGAAAAUACAAUUUACUUAAAUCUUUGUGUAAAUGGAAAUUUUCAAAGUUUCAUAAAUGACAAUUAUUGUAAAGAAAAAAUACGGGCGACUGUAAAAAACGGAGCGACGUUUUUAAAAGCAAAAGCGAUUUCGUUUUGACCCGCAGGCGUAAAUAUCUUUUCAGACGGUAAUGGCAUCAAGCUUAACAGUAAUUGUGCGUGGAAGAAACGUAAUCCUUACUCGUUCAAUCUGACGAACCACGCGCCGCAUUGAACCAAUGGUCUUCCAUGUACUUAAUGGUGUACUGGUUUUUCAAUAUUUGGCGACCAACCAAAGCUGCAUAGUGGUUUGGAUUGACAUUGCCAUUAUAGCUA